AUGAAAGAAUUAGGUUUAGCAGACUUGAAACCAGCACCGGCUAAGCUGGAUGAUGAUGGGGCCCAAGUUAAGGAUCCCACGGAAGAGGCACCCAGGAGAAUGAAAGAUGACGUUCUUCCUCAAGUCAAAAAAGAAAUGGAACGUUUAUUCGAGGCAAAGUUCAUUCGACCGGUCAAAUAUGCUAAAUGGGUCUCAAAUGUGGUCCCAGUAUUAAAAAAGAAUGGGAAAGUUAGAGUUUGCGUUGAUUUCAGAAAUCUUAAUACAACAUCACCAAAGGAUGAAUAUCCAAUGCCUGUUGCUGACUUGCUAGUCGAUGCAACAGUAGGGUACCAAAUGCUGUCCUUCAUGGACGCAAUUAAAUUAAGGCAUUACCUUUUGCCAGCUAGGGUAAAGAUCAUUUCCCAACAAGAUAUAAUAAAGUACAUCUUGUCUAGGCCCAUUUUGAGGGGAAGGCAAGGGAAAUGGAUAUUAGCCUUAAUCGAGUAUGACUUUGAAUACGUGCCUCAAAAGGCAGUGAAAGGACAAGCUUUGGCCGAUUUCCUAUUUGAGCAUCCAAAUCUACCUUUGGAAGAGGAUACCUUUGAGGUGCAUUUUUUGGAGCUUAGACCUUGGCAAUUAUCUUUUGAUGGUUCAAAAACAGACAAUGGAGUUGGGGCAGGUGUUGUCUUGACAUCUCUAAAAGGAGAAAUGUUGCAGUUCUCUUUCCAACUCGACGAGAGUAGAGUUCUGACAAAUAAUCAAGCAGAAUACGAGGCCUUAAUCAUAGGCUUGGAAAUAGCAAAAGAUUUGAAUAUACGAUAUUUGAAAGUCUCUGAGGAUUCACAGUUGAUCAUUCGACAAGUUACAGGGCAUUAUAAGUGCAAUCACCCCUUAUUGAGUUUGCAGCUUGAAAAAGUUCGACGUCUUGCUCAAAACUUUGAUGAGCUACGUUUUCAGCAUAUUUUGAGACUUCAAAAUAGUGAGGCCAAUCAAAUGGCCCAAGCAGCCUCAGGAGUUGAAAUUCCUGAAGGGGACACGGAGAAAAUAAUCAGAAUUCAAAAAAGAUUUUUACCCUUCUCAAUGGAGAGGGAGAAGGAUCGAUUGGAUGUAUUGGUAAUCGAUGUUUCUGAUGAUUGGAUUGUUCCAAUAAAAAAUUAUCUCCUAAAUCCUAAUGAGAAAGCAGAAAGGAUUGUCAAAUGCAGGUCCGUUAAUUAUGUUCUGUUAGGACAGGAUUUGUAUAGAAGAACUUCUGAUGGUUUACUAUUGUUGUGUGUUAGCAAAAACCAAUCGAUGAGAAUCAUGGGAGAGGUCCAUGAAGGAACCUGUGGUGCCCAUCAAGCUGGUGAUAAAAUGAAAUGGUUAAUUAAGAGACACGGGUAUUAUUGGCCAACCAUUCGAGCUGAUUGCAUCCAGUAUGCUAAAGGUUGCCAACAAUGUCAAAAGCAUGGACCUAUCCAAAGGAUACCUGCUCAUCAAUUGCAAUCGAUUAUUAAACUUUGGAGGUUUAGAGGUUGGGCGAUCGAUAUGAUAGGAGAAAUCCACCCAGCAUCUUUAUUACAGCACCAAUUUGUUGUAGUAGCAAUUGAUUAUUUCACAAAAUGGACAGAGGCAAUACCUUUAAAAGGUGUCUCACAGAAACAAGUGAUUGAUUUUAUUGAGGAAUAUCUUUUAUGUAGAUUUGGGAUUCUUGAAACCAUUACUGUUGAUCAGGCAUCUAUAUUCAAUGGUAGAGAAGUUGUCCAGUAUGCACAAAAGUAUGGGAUACAGAUUUUGAAUUCUACUCUGUACUAUGCCCCAGUUAAUGGGCAAGUCGAAUCAACCAACAAAAUUAUAAAGAACACAUUGGCAAAGGUAAUCGAUGAUAACCCAAGAGAAUGA